GUACACAGAUCUUCCUCAUUUAUUUCCCUCCUUUGCACACUCACUGAAGCUGGCACACUCCCUGCUCUCCUCCUCCCCACCCCCACCCCUUCUCUCUGCCCACCAGCCAGCCGGGAGCCUCUGACCCCGUGUCCUGGCCGUCUGUCUGUCCUCAGGCCGAGCCGAGCGCCGAGCGCCGAACGCUCCCCGCCACCCUCUCGGCAGUCCAGGCCCGGCCAGGGAGCACGUGGCCCCCCGCCUGAUCCGGUCUCGGGGGCAGGGGCGGGGACGGGGGCUCUGAGAGGCCGCGCUGGCGGUGCGCAGCACUUUGCUGUCCCCAGGCCAUUGUCCCUGGGGCGGGGCCGGGCUGAGCCACGCCGCCCCGAAGUGCUGAGCUGGGAAGAGCACUGGGUGCUGAUGCAGAGGACUGGCCCCCCAAGCGUGGAGGAGGCCGCCGGGGGCCCCGCCGCGGCCAUGGACGGCUACUCCAGCCCUGUGCCUGCCUUCCUCACCAAGCUGUGGACGCUGGUGGGCGACCCCGAGACCAACCAUCUCAUCUACUGGAGCCCCAAUGGAGCCAGCUUCCACGUCCGAGAUCAGGGCCGAUUUGCCAAGGAGGUUCUGCCUAAAUACUUUAAACACAACAACAUGGCCAGCUUUGUGAGGCAGCUCAACAUGUAUGGCUUCCGGAAGGUGGUGAACAUUGAACAAGGGGGCUUAGUGAAGCCGGACCUGGACGACAACGAGUUCCAGCACCAGUCUUUCCUCCGAGGGCAUGAACACUUGCUCGAACAAAUUAAGAGGAAGGUGUCUGUGCUGAGGAGUGAGGAGAACCGGCUUCGCCAGGAGGACCUGAGUCGGAUCAUCUGCGAGGUCCAGGUGCUUCGGGGACAGCAAGACAGCGCCGAAGGCCAGCUGCAAGAUCUCAGACAGCAGAAUGAAGUCCUGUGGCGUGAGGUAAUGAGUCUUCGGCAGCAACACCAUCAACAACACAGGGUUAUGAACAAACUGAUCCAUUGUCUCUUUAGCCCAAUCCAGGCUGGGCCCAGCAGUGGGGCAUCCAAGAGAAAACUGCCCCUGAUGCUGGCUGAAGGGACCGGAAUGCACUCUGGAGUCAAAGUCAGCAGAACGUCUCUGCCUGAGCUUCCCUUGGGGGACUCCUACUUUAUCCAGUCACCUUCCACAGAAACAUCCUCCUGCCGUAGUAGCAGCACCAGAGAAGUGAGGGAACCCAUCAUCUCUGAUAUCUCCGAUAUCUCUCCCUCCCCUGAAGAUAUUAUGUCACCUUCCUGUGGCACCCAGAGGGAGAAGAGCCCAAUGCUGCUCAAGGAAGAGCCAGACAGCCCCAGGGGGAAAGGUACAACUGCUCCUUCACAUGUGUCCUCAAGCGACUAUGGCUUCUACAUGACAGCCCCACCUGUGAUCCCUGUGGCUGUAGUCCAGUCAGUCCUGGAAGGCAAGGGGAGCUGCAGCCCUGAACAGAGGAGUGCCCAGCAGCCAGAGAGGAGGGACCAAAGGGAGCCUCCAGAAAGGGAGUUGGGGGAGCCCCUAGAAAGCGAAGACCUGAGCCUGGAGAAUUUACAGCUGUUGCUCCGGGGCCAGCCUGUAACCUUAGAGCCCGAGGGGGGACUGGAGGUGUUCAGCUCCGAACUCUCAGGGAGCGGCGUCUCAGGAAGCGGCGUCUCAGGGAGCGGCGUCUCGGGGAGCGUUCUCUCGGGGAGCGGCCUCUCGGGGAGCGAGUGGAGCCUGCUGGAUAUGGAUGUGGGGCUGUCCUUGAUGCAGCAGCUCCCCAAAGACCUGGAGAAGCCUGAGACCGAGCUGAUGUCCAAAGAGCCGAACCCCCCGGACUCAGGGAAGGAUCCGGCAAGCCCCCGAACGUUCGCGAUGGAAGCCCACUCGAGCUUUGGAGCUCCUGAACUCGGGGUCCCUGCUGUCCAGCCCCUUUAUGACCCCUCGCACACCCUGGCCCAGAAUGAGACUCGAACCCCCUAUCUGAGCCCUGGGGCUAAUCCCGACCCGUGAGGAGAGGUCCCCGGGGGCGGGGCUGAUCCGAACUGGCCUGAGGGCUUCGGCCCCACUCUGUGUUCUGGGGGGCUUCGGAUUCCAGCCCAUCCCCCUUCCUCCCCCUCCUCCGCACCUCCCGCACCCCACCCCAGGAGUUGCAAGGCCCCGAGCCUGAAUCAGCGAAGGUGCCAGGCAAGGAAUUAUGCACCUAGCGCCCCAAAGUGCGCUGAGCGCCCCAGGCAGGAGACAGCCCUCCGCAGCUGCCCAGAGCUCCGCCCAGCCGCCGGCCGGCGUGGCGGGGCCGGAGGGCGAGGGCCAGGCCCGGAUUUCAUUGGCUCUGGGGCCCGCCUCCACCCCCACCUCCCACGUGGUCCCCGUCCUCUUCCCCUACCAACUACGCUUGUGUCGCGGAUCCCAGGCACCUCCUUUGAGUGCUGGUUAUGAAUAAAUGCGAUGCAGUGUC